AUGAUCAAUAAUCUAAAUAAUAUUACAAUGUUGAAUAAUACAACUUUAGAUAGUAACAAUAAUACAACAGUUACUUCAUCAUCAAAUAAUACAACCAAUAAUAGUAGUAAUAAUAUAACUGUAAUCUAUAGUAGUAAACAACAACAACAGCAACAACAACAACAACAAUAUAAUCAAAACAAUCAACAAAGUAGCUUUCAAAAACAGCAACAACAACAGAAUAAAAAUAAUAAACAAACUGUGAAUGAUAAUUUUAGUGAUGAUAGUGAUGAUGACAAUGACGAUGACGAUAACAGUGGUGAACAAAAUAAGAAUGUAUUCAACCUAUCACCUAGAACUUUAAAGAAACUUGGUGAACUGUCAUUGCAAACCAAUAUGACAUCUACACAACUACCAUGGUUAUCACGACUACAACACAAUGCAAAGAAACGUGCAGUUCCAAUCGCAAAGCUACCUGUUUGGUGUAACUCAAGACCAUUCCUAAACAAUGGAUAUCUUUCAAACAAUGGUUUAUUAUUCGAUUCUAAAACAGCUAAACCUUCAAAUAGUAGUACUAAUAUUAGUACUCAACAACAACAACAAUCGAAUGCCGGUGGUCUGGAUGGAUUGACUACGUUGGAUCAAGAGUACUAUCUAUUGGAGGAUCUGCUGUAUGUUAUGAUCGGCUUGGAGGGAAAGUAUAUUCAUGUGGGACAGCGCAAACCCGAUAGAGAUACCGGUUUGGUAGCGUUUGAACUUCGUCCACUCGUUCGAUUCGAAGUAAGCAAUCCAGCGGUCGAUUCAUCGAUGUCACAUCUCAUCAACAGAAUACUCCCGCUUGCCAGCUACUACACCUAUAUCGCUGACUUUAUCGAUAGUCGUCAACACUUUGAAUGGGGUAUAGUCAAUCACUCACUCUGCGAAUCCAUCUCUGAACUCAUUAAAGACUACCAUCUCUUAAUCGCACAAAUGGAAUCACAAUUAAGAUCAAGACAACUUUCAUUACAAAGACUAUGGUUCUAUAUUCAACCAACAAUGAAAAUAUUUGAAAGACUUUAUAUUAUAUGUGAAGAGUGUACAAAGUUGAAUUUACAUGGUGCUCAAAUUCUAAAUCUUUUAUUGAAUAGUAUGGCUAGUUAUGGAAGUGAUCCAAAAACCAAUGAUUUUUAUAAGUUUUUAAUACAAAAGACAAGUAAACCAUUCUUGGUGAUGUUGGAAUCAUGGAUCUAUAGAGGUGUUGUUAAUGAUCCACAUUGUGAAUUCAUGAUCGAGGAGAAUAUCGAUUUGGUGAAGGAGAAUAUCAAUAGAGACUAUAACGAUGCGUAUUGGGACCUGCGGUACACUCUCCAAGAGAAACAGAUUCCCAAGUUCCUAGAGCGUGAAAAAACAAAGAUUCUACUGACCGGAAAGUAUUUAAAUGUCAUUAGAGAGUGUGGUCAUUCCAUAGAGUUUGUAGAUGAGGGUAAACCAUUCUUUGUUGAUGAUGAUGAUGAUGAUAAUCAACAAACUUCAUCAUCAUCAACUUCAACCACACUUCAAUACUCUGCCAAUGAGAAACACUAUCUAGAGAGAAUAGAACGUGCCUAUGACUUUGCAUCGUCAAAGCUGCUGACACUGAUGAACGAGCGACAAUUGAUGGACCGUUUGAAAUCGUUGAAAUACUACUUCCUGCUUAGUAAAGGUGACUUUUUCUCGCAUUUCAUGGAGAUAACAGCAGAGGAGUUGAGCAAACCACUGUCCGAGAUUUCGAUUAUCAAGAUGAAUUCACUGCUACAGCUGUCACUAAGAACAUCGUCCAUCGAGAAGGAUUCAUUCAAAGACGACCUAGAGUGCGAAUUCCAAUCUAUUACACUACACGAACAACUCCUAAAGAUCAUACAUAUCGACGAUAGGAAUAUAAUUGAUCAGAAGAAUCAAGAACAACUAAUGAAUCAAAGACAAAACGCAAACUCAACAUCAACAUCAUCGUCGUCAAUAGCAAAACAAAUUCAACAACAACAGAGAAUUCAAAAGGAACUGUUGGGAAGAGAUUCAUUGGCUUUUAACUAUAAGGUUAUUUGGCCAUUGUCUUUGGUUAUCAAUAGAAAGUCGCUGGUGAAAUAUCAAAUUAUAUUCAGACAUCUCUUCCUCUGUAAGCAUGUAGAGAAGCUGCUGUGUAACACUUGGAAUCAGCAUCAAGAAUCGAGAAGAGCAUUCAACAACAAACCUGCACUCGCAGCUCUCAUGUCAUUCUCUCACUUCCCACGCCACAGAAUGAUUCAUUUCCUUCAGAAUCUAGAGUACUACAUGAUGUUAGAAGUUAUUGAACCAAAUUGGAUAAAGAUGAGACAAUCUAUUAAAAAUUCUAAAACAGUAGAUGAAGUUAUUAAAGUACAUGAUGACUUUUUAGAGACAUGUCUGGCGGAGUGUAUGUUAACCGAUACUAGAUUAGUUACUUUGUUAAUGAAAUUCAUGACUUUAUGUAUUAUUUUCUGUGAUUUCAAUACAAAGAUGGUGUUGGAAGAGAAUCAAUUCGAUAUCAAUGCAGUAAAGAAAACGAUACAGAGUUUCGAGACUAAAUUCCACAAGAUUCUAAAGCUAUUGAUUGAUACAUUAAAGACAUUCUCUACCACCGAAUCAAAUAGACAUAUGAUACAUUUAAUUAGACGAUUAGAUUACAACGGCUACUAUUCAUCUUAUUUCGAUCAGCAACAUCAACAACAACUACAACAUCAAAUACAAUUACAACAACAGCUACACUCAAUGAAUAGUACAAGAUCUAGCGCUACAACUAGUUUAAAUAGUAAUAACAAUAGUUCUAUAAAAAGACAACCACAGCAACAACAACAACAACAACAAUCAUCACCUUCAUCUACAAUAAAAAGACAACAACAAACUCAACAAACACAACCACAACCACAACAACAAGUAGUAAACCCAAAUAAUAUAUCAAAUUUAUCUAAUACUUCAUAUUUAAAUACAUCCAAUCUUAAUAAUAUAUCACAAACCAAUAAUAAUAUUUCUAUGAUAUCCAAACCGAUUCCCAACUUUCCAAAUUCAAACAAUAAUACAGCACCAGCACCAACAACAACUACAACAACAAAGUUUAUACCAAAGAAUUUAGAAGAAUUGUUAAUUAGACCAUCAACUACUCAACAACAACAACAAAGACCACAACCAGUAAUGACUUCAACAACUACAACAACAUCAUAUACAACACCUACAUCAACCAAAUCACCAGAUGCUAAAGACUUUGCUCAAAGACUGUUAGAAAUUAGAAAUCCAAAGAAAUCGACGCAGUAA